AUGGGUGGUCUCUUAGUGACGAUUCUUGUACCCGUUAAAGAGGAUUCAGAAGAAGUUGAAGCUAUUGCGCUUGUCGUGAUUGCUGCAGUUGGUAACAGUUUGGAAGUUGUCGGAUCUCAUAAAGCUAAGUUAGUAGCAGAUGUGCUUCUUGAUGAGAUUGAAGAUAGGUCGUUUGAUCUGAUUGUUUAG